ACGGGGGUACGGGGGUGUGCUUCUUCCUUUAUCUACGGUACGUUUACGUUUGACCGUAUUUAGAGGGAGAUUACUUAUCGUUCCGUCUACUCUGUCCCACCGCUGUUUCAGUGUACAGUUGGCUACAAACCAUUGUGGUUUUUGGACCCCUUCUCCCGGUCUUGAACGCAGGGAUUAAAUCACACUCAAGGCGACCGAAUUCAGUCAGUGUUGAUCAGCACCCUGGACAGCGAAACCCGAGGUCUGCUGAAGAAGAGCAGUCAACACACUCCAGAGGAAAACCAAAGGCUCGUUUUUCUCCCCUGGUUGACGCAGGCUGACAGCUGAGGGAUCUUCUGUCUCCGGGACACGUCUGAGUGCUCAGCUGCCCGUCAUAGGUGCUUCCCUGCACUGAGAGGCAAACCGCCAUUGACCCGCCCCACUUCUCUCCCUCCACACCUACACACAGCCACUAAGCUGCCCACACUGUCUAACCUCAGCCAUGCUCUCAAUCUCGGUGAGCUGACACCAAUGACCCAAGUCUGUUCUGGGAUCAGCUAUCCAUCAAAAGCUCCCGUGUUUGAUGACCUUUGGUGAACGGAUGUAUACCCACCCAUUACGUUGACUUGGCUUUGUAAGGUGGUCAAGAUGAGCGUGGAGGUCAUGAGGGGUCGUGUGAAACCCUGAUUAAAAAGAAAAAAAAAGAAAAAAAGAAAAAAAAAGGCACCCUGCAUCCUUCCCGGAGCCCAUGGAAGUGCGUUGAGUAACCUGAGGCAGUACCACACACACACACACAUGCACAAACACACACACACCUGCAAUGCUCCCGGUCACCUGAGGGAUUAAAAACAAACACCAGCCAGCCUCAACAUCAAAAAACCUCUUCUCCUCCCUCCAUUUGUUUCUGUGAGCUGUUUAUUUAUUUCCUGUACAGAUUCCCUACAGCAAGAAUGGAUAGACUUCUUCAGAAUACAGAGACAGGGUGGCAGUCUAACACACCAUGAGCAUAUAAUUACCAUCUACUAUACCAGCCGGUGCUUUAAUGGACAGUUUAACUUGGAAAGAGUUGUGGUGUUCAAAGUUAGACACUUAGGGGAGAGUCAAACAUGGUUUUGCCGCCACCUGACAAACGGCACGUGUGUCUAACCACCAUCGUCAUCAUGACAAGCAUGGCCUUCAUGGAUGCCUACCUGGUCGAGCAGAACCAAGGGCCCCGCAAGAUCGGGGUCUGUAUCAUUGUUCUGGUGGGGGAUAUUUGCUUUCUCAUAGUGCUUCGUUACGUGGCGGUCUGGGUAGGUGCCGAGGUCCGAACUGCUAAGCGAGGCUAUGCCAUGAUCCUCUGGUUCCUCUACAUCUUUGUGCUGGAGAUCAAACUCUACUUUGUCUUCCAGAACUACAAGGCUGACCGGCGGAACUUAGAGACGGUAGCCCGCAAGGCACUGACUCUUCUGCUGUCGGUCUGCGUGCCGGGCCUCUACCUGGUUCUCGUGGCCCUGGACAGCAUGGAGUAUGUCCGCACCUUCCGCAAGAAGGAGGACAUGCGGGGACGGCUCUUCUGGGUGGCCCUGGACCUGCUGGACGUGCUGGACAUCCAGGCCAACCUGUGGGAGCCGCAGAGGACAGGCCUGCCCAUCUGGGCGGAGGGCCUGAUGUUCUUCUACUGUUACAUCCUGCUGCUGAUCUUGCCGUGUGUGUCGCUGAGUGAGAUCAGUGUGCAAGGGGAGCACGUGUCCCCGCAGAAGAUGAUGCUCUACCCGGUCCUCAGCCUGGUCACCAUCAACGUGGUGACAAUCGUCAUCCGCGGCGUCAACAUGGUGCUCUUCCAGGACAGCCGUGUGUCCACCAUCUUCAUCGGCAAGAAUGUGGUGGCAAUCGCCACCAAGGCCUGCACCUUUCUGGAGUACCGCCGGCAGGUGAAGGAGUUCCCGCCGCCGCAUGACCCUGCCGCCGGCAUCGCCCUGGAGCUCCAGCAGAACUCCGUGGCCCACAACCAGACACUGCCCAAUGCCACCACUACCAGCCUGCCCGAGGAGCCGUCGCCGCCCGCCGAGGUCAUCGACACGUGACGAGCCAAGCAAUCCCUUCCUUCCUCUUCCUCCUCCAACCCCACCUCUCACAUCUGUGUCUAGCAGCCACUACAGACUUGACACCCUUGACUGGACUGCUAAAACUUGUUUUUAUCAGAGGAGUUGUUUUUUUGUAAAACACAUAAUCAUAAAUCUGUAUUUGUCCCAAGGAAGAGAGUUGGCAGCCUUUCAGGGUCAAGACGAACUCUCCAGUCCCUUAAAGGGGAAUGUUGAAAAAGUUCAGAAACUUCAGAAAUUUCUUAUUUUUAAAGAGGUAUUUUUGAGAAAAAGGGAAAAUCUUUCUGCUCUGGACUGGGGUAAAAUGCAGCUUAUAACAGCUGUUUUACAGCAAAAAUAGAGCUUCUAGCAGCCAGUUCCUGUGAUAGUAAAGCUUUUCUUUUAUAGUAGAGGGCUGCCUUCAUGGAUGGGGAUUAGCACUAGUCCUAGAUCAAAUUAUAUUUUGAAUGGAGAUUCUCUAUUUAAAGUGCGGUUUAAUCCAGGACUGUGACAAAUCUCUGUCUGGAAACAAGAUGUUUGUUUUCAAUCUUCUGAUGCAUCUCUCCCCAUCAGAUGUUUCUCUGGCACUGCCAAGAUGAUUCUCUGUGAAUCCAGGAUAGGAAAGCAAACUGGGGG